AGCAGCUUGUCGUCCUGCCACGUCAGUGGUGUUUUGAGUCAGCUGAGAUCGUCGGUGUUUAAUACACGUAAACUUUAACUCAAUGGAGGAGGAUUUCUUUUAAUUUUAAAGAAUAAUCGUAACGUUAAUUUAAACAGCAUGCGGCACGGGUGGCUUUUACUUUUAGUGGUGUACACAGCCUAUAUAAACGCCACCGAAUUGACAUUUGAAUUGCCUGAUAACGAGAAGCAAUGUUAUUACGAGGAUCUAGAGCAAGGAGUGAAGUUUGACAUCGACUUUCAGGUUAUUGCUGGGGGGAACUAUGAUGUUGACUGUUUUGUGGCAGAUCCACUGAAUAAUAUACUGUAUGACGAACGAAAGAAGCAAUAUGAUAGUUUUUCCCAUACAACGGCCAUGAAGGGAGAGUACAAGGUUUGCUUUAGCAACGAGUUCUCAACCUUCUCUCACAAAACCGUUUACCUGGACUUUAGAACUGGAGAUGAGAGACCUUUACUGCCUGAUACGAGCAGCUCAACACAACUCACACAGAUGGAGUCAUCCUGCAUGUCUAUCCAUGAGAUACUGAGGGCGGUUUCAGACUCUCAGACUUGGUACCGUCUUCAGGAGGCUCUAGACCGAACCAGAGCAGAAGACCUGAACGUGCGAGUGUUCUAUUGGUCCGUUGGCGAGGCCCUCAUCCUGUUUGUGGUUAGCAUUGGCCAAGUGCUAAUGCUCAGGAGCUUCUUUAAUGAUAAGAAAACAAAUGUUGCCACCAGCACAUAGAACUUUUUUCACUUCUCUGCCUUUAUCUCUCCUGAGAGAUAAUCAACUGAUUUAUCAGUCUUGUGCGAUUUAAACAAGCCGUCUUAAAUGAUGCCUGAAGCCAACCAGAAGUGACCUCUUUAAAAAAAUAAAAAUAAUUAUGACUGCAGAGCUUUGCACUAAUUUAGGUGCAAAGUUUAUCAUAAAAGCCCUGUUUCACAGACAAGAUUUAUGUUUGAGUUGUCUCAAAACAUCUUGCACUGACAUAUCUUAAAAUACUUCAGUGCCAUUGUUUUUUCUUAAGACGCACACCAGUAAUGUCACAUUUAUAAAAUCUUCUUAAUGUCCUGAUUGAACUAAUGCCUAAUCCUGUCCUGAUCUAAGUCUUGUCUGUGAAACUGCUAUACCUUUAUGUACCCACAUCUUUUUUUUUUAACGGGAAGGGAAUCCUACUUUGUCAAUUUUCAAUGCAUAGACUUUCAUUUAAAUGAAGAAUAGUAGUUUGGCAAUAAUAUCACAGUACACUCUCAAAUGUCCAUGAUGUUGAAGAUUAUUAGCAAUUAUUAUAUGCAAAUCGUAACUGUGUACUGUAACUGUAAGUGCCAACUGCAUCACCAACUGUAAGUUAUUGUGGCUAUACAGCACUGGAUUUUACGUUGUGUCUCGAUACUUAUCAAACAUCAACUGAAUGUGCAGUUCAAACUAUAUUUUUCUAGAUUUACAGACUGUAUUUUUACUCUCUUUAUGCAGUGUUUACUGUUACAAAUGUGACCCUGGUAUAAUGUUGCAUAUGUCACCCCAAAAGGGAAAUAGAGAAUAUAAUGAUUUGUAAUGUAAAUUAAAUUCAUUUUGUUCUUUUGA